AUGCCCAUAAACAGCACAGGUAUUUUUACAAAUCCAUAUGCAAUUGAGGUUCUACAAAGCAAGAAAAAGGAACUUGUAGCAGGAAUUAUCAACACUGAUCGUCUUCUGGCCUGGUUGGUUGAGAAUCGUAUCAUUUCACCGGAUAAGAGAAUUGCUGUGUUGAAUUACAAGACACGGGAGGAAAGGAACUCGAGAGUUCUGGAUAUGUUGGUUUCUUGUGGUGAGAGAGCCUGUAGACUGUUCUUCUAUCCUUGCCUCAAGUAUGUGGAACCAGCUCUGUAUGAUUACAUCAGAAACUAUGUCAGUAAUGUGUCUGGCAGCUUUGGAAAUGCCAAAAGACAGCUAGUGGGAUAUCUUUUGGAAAGAGAUAAGGAUGAAGUCCCCAGGAACAGCCAAAAAAAGGCAGAGGAAUUCAUGCAGAACAUAAUACCUAAAAAGAAUCCACAUCGGGUGCUAAAAAAAACUGCUAGAUCUCAACCUGUCCAGGUUGAAAUCACUGAGCUCUACCAGGCUGCAGCAUUUGGAGAUCUUUCCGGUCUUGAUAGAGCUUUUGGAGACAUUGAUGUAAAUGGCACAAAUGCUUCUAAUGAAACUCUGUUGCAUGUUGCUGCUGCUCAUGGGCAUGUUGCAAUUAUUGAAUACUUAUUAAAUAAAGGAGCAAAGGUAGAGGUGAGGGAUAACAAAGGGCAAUCACCUCUCCACAGGGCUGCAGUGGAAGGGCAUUUAGGCGCAGCUAAAAAGCUUUUCCAAGCUGGAGCACACAUCUAUGCUUUGGAUAAAGAAUCCAAAAGUCCAUUACACUUAGCUGCAGAGAACAGUCACUUCUCCAUGGUGAACCUGAUGUUGAAAGAAGAAGGCAGAAACCAUAAAAGGAAGAAAUCUUUUUUGCACAUGGCUGCGCUCAGAGAUGAAAGUAAAUUAGCUCAGAUCAUUGUCAAAUAUGGAGCUCCAGUUGACACUAAGGAUGAGAAGAACAGGACCCCACUGUUUCAUGCUAUUUCCCAAGGACAUUUCAAUACUGUGAAAGUACUGCUGGAGGCUGGAGCCAAGGUUGAUGUAGAUUUGAUUCACGCAGCAUUUGACAGUAAUGACCAAUUCCUGAUAAAGCUGAUCUUGGAGCAUGGCAGUGAAAUUAGCUCUAUAGUCUUGGCCAAUGCACUCUUUAAAGCAGUUCAGAAAAACCUAUCCGGAACUGUGGGCAUUAUCAUUGAACAAGGCAUCGAUAUCAACACCAGAAAUGGAAUGCAAUACACCCCUUUACUGUUAGCAGCAGAACUUGGCCAUGCUGAAUCUGUCAAAAUCCUGAUAAAUAAAGGUGCACGUUUAGAUGAAAGGGCACCGAAUAUGGACAGUGCAUUACACCUUGCAGUCCAGACUGGUUCUCUUUCUGUUGCAAAGCUAUUGAUUGACCAUGGGAUGGAUGCAAACAUUAUUGGCUCUAACAACCAAACACCCUUGCACAUUGCAUCCUUUCAUAACCAACGACCAAUGAUAGAAACUUUGAUAGCAGGAGGUUCAAAGGUCAAUGCUGUCACUAAGGAAGCAGUUACACCUUUACAUAUCGCUUCACAAAGAGGUAACAGAGAUACAGCAGAGUGUCUCAUCCAGAACAAAGCAGAUGUGAAUGCCAAAGACAGAUAUAUGAAAACACCCUUGCACAUGGCUGCUCUAGUUGGAGAUGCCUCUAUUGCAGAUCUACUUCUGUCAAACCAGGCAGAUCCUAAUGCAGUAAAUAUAGAGAAGAAAACCCCACUCCACUUGGCUGCAAACGAAGGCCAUUUGGACUUUGUAUCUUUGAUGUUAACCAGAAGGGCCAAGUUUGCUGCAAAGGAUAUGGAUGGGAAUACUCCAAUGCACUAUGCAGCCAGCAAUAGCCAUAACAUUGUUGUCAAAGCUCUUUUAUUGGCUGGAAAAAAUAAAAACAUAGAUGUUAAGAAUGUUUGGCGGAAAACACCAUUACAUUUAGCAGCAGAGCAUAGUGGUGAGGACCUGGUAGAAUUGCUGUUGAUCAGUAGAGCUGCCAUUAAUGCCUUAGAUAAUGCAAAAGACACACCUCUGCAUUGUGCUUGCAAAUCGGGAAAUUUUAACACUGCCCAAAAACUAAUCAACUGGUCUGAAGAUGAAAAACCCAAGUUGCAAUCAACAAAUAGUUUAAGAAAGAACCCUCUUCAAGUUGCAGAAAGUGGAGAUACAGAUAACCACCGUCAAAUAGCAACAUUAUUGAAAAAGAAAAUGUUGUUAACUAGAUAA